AUGAGGGCGUUCGGCGCUCCCAUUAGGGACGCGUGCGCCGACGGCGGCGGGAUUCCGCGCGUCGUCGCGGAGACGAUCGCCUGGCUCGACGCGCACGUCGGCGUCAAGGUCACGGACGGCCUGUUCGCGUCGCCCGGGUGCGAAUCCGUCAUCGCGGACGUGAAGUCUCGGUACGAGCGCGGGGACGUGAUGCCGCUGAAGAAUGCGAACGACGCGCACGACGUCGCGGGCGUCCUGAAGCUUUUCCUUCGCUCGCUGCCGGAACCGCUUCUUUCGUAUCGGAUGUACGACUCCCUCCUCGCCGUCGCCGCGGUGCCGACGCGAUCGCGCCGCGUAUUGGCGCUGAGCUCGCUGCUGUCGCAUUUAGACCCGCCGUCGCGGGCGACGCUGAACGCCGUGCUCGCCUUCUUGCAGCGCGUCGCGAUCGCGCUCGCGGCCGCGACCGGCGGGCACGGGACCGGGGACGACGCGAUGAACGCGCACGUCGUCGCGGUGAAACAACUCGCGCGGGCGUUCAGCCCGGUGCUGCUCCGACUGCGCGGCGGCGUUUUCGGCGGCGGCGGCGGCGGCGGCGACGAAAACGCGGCAAAGGACGACGCGAAACGAGGCGACCACGUCAUCGAGCUCCUCAUCGAGCACAGGAACGACAUCUUAGGCGGGAACAAGGGCGCCGGGAGCCGAGCGAACGAGCCGGGCAAGAGCGGCAAGGGGCUCACGACUCGCGUCAACUCGGGUGGGAAUAUCAACGACGACGCGAGAAACGACAGAAACGAGGGCAGAGCGGCCGCGUCUGCGAACGCGCCGCGGGCGCUGGAUUUGAAUGCCGCGGGCAAGGAGAACGCGCCGAGCGCGACGAUCGGCGCGAAAGCGACGGCGACGGCGAAGAAGCCAGUCGUUCUCGCCGCCACAGCGCCGGAGGCGCGGCCGAGGGUGGUGGACGUCGUGCUUCCCUCCGCCGCCGCCGCCGCGGGACGCGCGAAGGACCCCGCCGCCGUCGCGGACGCGUGGAUGUCGACGUGCGUGGGGUCCUUGUUUGGCGGGGACGACGUGUUCACCGCGGAGAUCGACCGCGCCGCGGGGACCGGGCUGGAGAUUCUGUAUAAAACCCCGGUCUUAGGCCUAGCCCCGGACGCGCUCGCGACGGAGAAGCAGCAGAUCAAACGACGGCUGCGGUCGUUCGAUAACCACGUCCUCGCGUGCAGCGGAAGGAAAGCGACGAAGGAGGAUAAGAGGCAUCUUCGUCCGCUGUAUUUACGCCUCGCGCACGUCAAACGGCAGAUGCACGUGUUAGAGAGCGUCGGCGCGGGCGUCAUGGGGGGCGGCGCGGCGGGAGAAUGCGCGGACCGACAACGGCUGAGGGCGUCGUCGACGGCGAGUUAG